AUGUUGGUCAGAGCUGCUCUACGCUCCUGCUGGAGGCAGUCUCCACCUCGGAUUCUUGCUCGUCAGCUCCAUAACCUACACAAACACCCACAGAGUCGGUUCUUGAAUGUAUCCGAAGAGGUGCGCGAUGGUGUCGCAACAGGAAAGCCAGUCGUUGCGUUGGAGACGACGAUAUAUACGCACGGUUUUCCUUACCCUGAGAACAUCGCUUUAGCAACUCUGUUGGAGUCAGUUGUUCGGGGCAAUGGCGGUGUUCCUGCAACCAUCGGCAUACUAGGAGGUGUUGCCAAGGUUGGCAUGAGCCCUGAAGAAAUCAUCGAGCUGGCCUCGACCGCAGAUAAUAAGUCUGCCUUGAAGGUCUCCCGCCGGGAUUUGGGGUAUAUCUGUGGAAUGGGCUUGGCUGGAAGAAAGAUUCAUGGUGGUACAACCAUCUCUGGCACUAUGAUUCUCUCUGAAUUGGCAGGAAUUAAGAUCUUUGGAACUGGUGGACUAGGCGGCGUUCACCGCGGUGGUGAGAACUCAAUGGAUGUUUCCGCCGACCUGACUGAACUGGGACGGACACCAGUCACCGUCAUCAGCUCCGGGUGCAAGAGCUUCCUAGACAUCCCCCGGACACUAGAAUACCUUGAGACAGAAGGUGUCUGUGUAGGCACAUUUGCCGAUGGGCGUGAUGGCCCUGUCGAUUUCCCUGCUUUCUACACCCGAGACAGCGGAGUGCGAAGCCCUCGUGUCAUCCAAAAUGAAGCCGAAGCCGCCGCCAUCGUCUACGCGCAAUCCAGACUCCCAGUCACUUCUGGAAUCCACUUUGCGAACCCCGUUCCUUUGGAAUACUCCGUGCCCAAAGCGGAGAUGGACCUUGUUAUCGAAGAGGCCGUCCGCCUCGCGGACGUAGAAGGUUACCGAGGCAGCGACAACACUCCAUUCGUGUUGUCCAAGAUCAAAGAACUAAGCGGAGGCAAGAGUAUAACCGCUAAUCGUGCUUUGAUCGAAUCAAAUGUCAAACGUGCCACCCAGGUCGCGGUGGAGUUAGCCAAGCUGGAAGCAAUGGAGCGAGGAACGUCGGGACAUGCCAUGCCCGUUUUCUUGAACCCAACGCCGGAGCAAACCCCAACUCCGAAAGAGAAUCCUCAACCUAUCAUCCCCUCCGAGACAACAACCAAGCAAACCGACGUACUCGUCGCAGGCUCACUCGCAAUCGACCUCUCAUGCGACUAUACUCCAUUCGACAAUGAACGCGCUCAAAUCGCGCCACUCCCACACACCUCCAAUCCAGCCGUUAUUAGCCAAAGCCUUGGUGGCGUCGGCCACAACGUCGCCCUAGCAGCCCGCUACAUCGGAAGCGAAGUCCUCUUCUGCAGCGUGGUUGCCGACGACCUAAGCGGCCGAGCCGCACUCGCAACCCUCGAAACAGAAGGGCUAAGCAGUGCAGGAAUCCAAGUCCUCCCCGCGACAUCCGGGGCCCGAACAGCGCAAUACGUCGCCAUCAACGACGCAAAGAAAGACCUUCUAAUCGCGAUGGCAGAUAUGGGCAUCGUAGAACUCUCAGAGCAACAGCUUGACCUCGAAGGAUUCUGGGAACCACUCCUAGAGCGCAGCAAGCCUAGCUGGGUCGUCAUCGACGCAAACUGGCGACCCGAUGUCAUCGCCAAAUGGAGCUCUAUUGCCCGUAAACACGGAGCCCGUGUAGCAUUUGAGCCCGUAUCAACUGCUAAGUCGCGGCGUCUAUUUGGACAUGAUGCGAGCGGUACUGUCUCGCUUGCCCUGAAUCGUCUCGAGCUAGCAGCCAUGUACGCCGCCGCUAGAGAAGCGCUUUUAUUCGACUCGCCCGGUUGGUGGAGUAUGAUUAAUGCGAUGGGCUUGUCUCCUACGGGUUCGCGGGAACGUUUGAUUGCCGCGACAUCUGCUGCUCUCGUUGACGAAGGCCUGCCGCAGCAGUCCAUUCAGCUUCUCCCAUUCAUUCCGUGUCUGAUAACUAAACUCGGUGAUGCGGGUGCUCUCCUCACUCAGCUCCUACCGCCUGGUGAUCCUCGCCUUACGGACCCCGAGUCUGCUCCCUAUAUCCUGGCUCGAUCCGAUCCUCUUUCGGCGGUGUUUAUAUGCGCUUGUUCCCGCCUGCUGCUACAUUGGCCCCCCCAUGAGGUCGUUAGUGUCAAUGGGGCUGGAGAUACCCUGCUCGGCGUCGUGGUUUCGGGGCUUGCUAAAGCGGGUUCGGCGGCGCGCAUUGAAGAUAUUCUCCCAGUGGCGCAGGAGGCAAGUCGGAGGACACUGACCAGUGCAGGGGGUGUGAGUAAGGAUCUUGCUGGCCUACGUUCUCAACUGGAGCAAUAA